AUACAAAGCUUCACCAGCCCCAAACCACGCAGAGCAAACAUGAGUGACAUUUCACAGAAGACGGAGAUUCUGCUUUCUUCAUCUAAACCUGUCCCCAAGUCCUAUGUGCCCAGACUUGGCAAGGGCGAUGUGAAGGAUAAGUUUGAAGCCAUGCAGAAGGCCAGGGAAGAGAGGAAUCAAAGGAGAACUAGAGACGAAAAGCAACGAAGAAAAGAACAAUUUAUUAGAGAGAGAGAAUGGAACAGGAGAAAGCAGGAGAUUAAAGAAAUGCUUGCUUCUGAUGAGGAGGAUGAGCAAUCUUCUGCAGUAGAAAAGGCCUAUGUCCCAAAGCUGACAGGGACUGUUAAAGGUAAAUUUGCUGAAAUGGAGAAACAAAGACAAGAAGAGCAAAGGAAGAGAACAGAGGAGGAACGAAAACGCAGAAUUGAGCAGGAUUUGUUAGAAAAGAGGAAAAUACAGCGUGAAUUAGCAAAAAGAGCUGAGCAGAUUGAGGACAUAAACAAUACGGGAACUGAAUCCACAUCAGAGGAAGGAGAUGAUUCAUUACUGAUAACAGUAGUACCUGUCAAAUCAUACAAAGCAUCUGGAAAGAUGAAAAAGAAUGUUGAGGAUCUAGAGAAAAAACGAGAAGAAAAUGAAAAUGAAAGGAUUAACUGUGAAGGAGACAAAAGGGAUGAUGACAUGGAAAGUGAAGCCAAAGGAGAAUCCUUCUUUCCUGGGAAGCUGAGGUUAACCUUUGAAGAGCUGGACCGGCGGAGGCUGGCGGAGCGCGAGCGGCUCGCUCGCGAGGAGGCGCGGCGGCGGCUGCAGGCGGAGAAGCGCGCUUUCGAGGCGGCGCGCGGGCGGGCGGUCGGCGGCGAACGCGCGGAGCCCGGCGCCGAGAGCGUUGGUCGCGAGCACCGCCCUGGGAAGCUGAAGCUCAGUUUUGAGGAGAUGGAACGGCAGAGAAGAGAGGAGGAGAAAAGGAGAGCAGAAGAGGAGGCCAGACGGAGAAUCGAAGACGAGAAGAAGGCGUUUGCCGAGGCGAGGCGAAGCAUGGCAUUAGAUGAUGACUCCCCAGAAAUUUACAAAACCAUCUCUCAAGAAUCUCUUACACCUGGAAAACUGGAAAUUAAUUUUGAAGAGUUAUUAAAACAAAAAAUGGAAGAAGAAAGACGACGAACAGAGGAGGAACGGAAGCAUAAACUGGAAAUGGAGAAGCAAGAAUUUGAACAACUGAGACAAGAAAUGGGAGAGGAAGAGGAAGAAAGUGAAACCUUUGGAUUGAGCAGAGAAUAUGAAGAAUUAAUAAAGCUUAAAAGGAGUGGCUCUAUUCAAGCUAAACAUCUAAAGAGCAAGUUUGAAAAAAUUGGACAGUUGUCUGAACAAGAAAUACAGAAAAAGAUAGAAGAGGAGCGAGCAAAAAGGAGAGCAACUGACCUUGAACUUAAAGAGCGAGAAGCAGAACACUUCCAUGAGGAGGAUGACGUUGACGUGAAGCCUGCACAGAAAAGCGAAGCCCCAUUCACUCGAAAAGCGAACAUGAAAGCCAGGUUUGAGCAGAUGGCCAAGGCAAGGGAGGAGGAAGAGCAAAGAAGAAUUGAGGAACAGAAGCUACUAAGAAUGCAAUUUGAACAAAAAGAAAUUGAUGCAGCACUCCAAAAGAAGAGAGAAGAGGAGGAAGAGGAGGAGGAAGGCAGCACCAUGAAUGGUUCCAGUAUUGAUGAUGAAGAGCAGAGCAGAUCGGGAGCUCCAUGGUUCAGAAAACCUCUGAAAAACACCUCCGUGGUAGACAGCGAGCCCGUCAGAUUCACCGUCAGAGUCACAGGAGAACCCAAACCAGAAGUCACAUGGUGGUUUGAAGGAGAGCGACUUCAGGAUGGGGAGGACUACCAGUACAUUGAGCGAGGAGAAACCUACUGCCUGUACUUACCAGAAACAUUCCCGGAAGAUGGAGGCGAGUACAUGUGCAAAGCCGUCAACAGUAAGGGCUCCGCGGCCAGCACCUGCAUUCUUACCAUUGAAACUGAUGACUACUAGGCUCUCUACUCCUCCCUCGGAACUUUCUCUCUGCAGCUUUCUGACUGCAGCCAUCUCUUCUGUGGUGGUUCCAAGCAGGAGACGGGAGGUGCUGCCAUGCUGACCGCUUGAUUCCUUUCCCUGAGUCUCCAGCAUACAAGCUCACCUCGGAAAGCCUGCUUUCCAAACGACCACCAUGUUUGUCACCACUUUGUGCAAAAGCAGUCAAAGCAUAUUCAACAGGGAUGGGAAAUUUCAUUAUUCUAUCAGAACCUAAAACACGGGGUGUAGUUCCUAUGUUUAUAGCAAUUAUGCUUAAAGCCUAUUAUUAUUUUGCAUGAAAGUAACUUAGGAGCUUUCACAUCUGAAUUAAUUGUGACAACAAAAUUGGAACCACUUUAGAGGCCAUUCCCUUUAUUUGCACAGAAGGGUGGCUGUCAGUGUGAGCUUUCUGAAGCAGACACACGGACGGGAAGAGGACCACCUUCCACAGGAAAGGAGAUGCACAGAAAACCACAAAAACCAAAGCAGGCCUUUUUUGAAACUGCCAGGCAAAUUCUGAUAGAACCCAGCUUGCACAGUGUUCUGAGUGUGAUGAAUAGUUAAUGUUAUUUUUCAAAUGUAAGUAGUGUAGAAUCAGAUUUACAGAGCAAUUUUAUGCUGUAACCCUGCCUGAACAAAUUAUAUUUUAAUGAGAAAAUUGUGUUAAUAUUUCAGUCAGGAAAAAAUGUUUUGAAUACAACUGAAGGUUGAGCUCUAAGGAAAAACCGACAAGACCUUCCUUCAACUGAAAAGUCUAGCUUUUAAAAGUUUGUAAAUAAUUAGCUAUCAUGUUCUGUUAUUGAGUUGUUUUAUACUUAAUUUCCUGGAAGACAAAUUUAUUUUACAAUGUAAACCCAUAAUAAAGUUACUUAUGUAUCAAAGAAAAAAAAUGUAGUCAAAUGUUUACCCUUAUUAGAAUAAAAAGACAAAAAGACACAAAGCACUCUUCUAAUGUUCAUCAGUGUACAUUUA